GUAACUUUGUUGGUUACUUUUAUUUAUUUAUUUUUUGUCUUUUUGUCGUUGCUUAAUGGGAUUUUAUUUAUCUAUUUAUUUAGUCAAUUGUUUGUUAUUUGGUUACCGUUGCCGUAACGUUAAUUACUAUUAUCCAUGGUAACGUUGUUUAUUCACAUCUAACCUCGAACGAGUUUAUUAAAAAUAUAUUUGUCAAUAUUGGUUUAUUGAUUUAUCAAAACUUUCUUUAAUCGUAUCGUGAAAUAAUGCAACUCUGGGCUCUUGUCUUAUGGUCUCAAUCGUGCGAACGUGAUAUUUUAAAAUAUGAUAGCAUUAAAUUCAACAAAUCUGGUGACGCAUCGGCCAAAUGUAAAAAUAAGUUUUAUGCAUUACAAAUCCUACGCACAAGCGAAGAUAAAGAAUGGCUAGAAUCUUUGGAGGUUGAUACUAAUGGUAAUGUUAAGUUACCACAAAAUCUACAAGACAACAACAAGGCGGGGAAAGAGAAAGAGAACGGCGCAAAGAAGAAGAAAACUCCAGUAAACAAUGCUGAGGGAAAAAGCUCUAUAGACGGCGUGAAAAAUAUCCUUGGUGAUAUUUUUCCAUCAUCAAAGGUUGCAGAGUCCUCAAGUUCUGACGGUGAUCUUUCGGAUCGUGGGUAUUCACCAACUCAGGAGGAGAAAAUAGUCGAUCCUCGCACUGGAUCUAGAGUCACAAUCGUAAAGGCUAAUAUUGAGUAUGAUAAACGGAUUGAAAAAAAAUUUGUUUGCAGUACUUGUAAAGCUUCUCAAAAAGAUUUUACAAGAGGCUACGAGAUAAGUAUAGAGUUAAUGGAUUUUUUCCGGGAAAAAAUAAGCCAAUUUGGUACACAGAAAACAGACCAUUUGAAGCCACCGUCUCAGUCUCUUCAGUCUACGAUUUCAACUGCAAAGUCUUCCGGAAGUAUUUUUCAGCCUUCUGAAUUCCAUUCGACUAAGAUCAAAGAUGUCUCAGACCAAGCUGAACAUCAUGACUUGGAUUUUAAUCGAUACUCUCGCAGUCUAGAUCCGACAUUAGUGCUCAAGCCUAAAGAUUGUUCCAGUGGAUAUCGUAAACAAUCUAGUUCUCAACACUCAAGAAAAAUUUUACCGAACAACCAAGGACCUCUGAAACAACCCAAGAAAGCUGCUGAUUCUCAUCUUAUUACUUACAAUUCUCCUAGCCCUGAAAAUUUGUCUCCGUAUCGUUCUCAUCCGACACAAGAACAAGUCAUUAUUUCUCCGUCACCAAGUACUGGAAUAAAAUUGAAUCCACAACCUAAAGAAUCGUCAAACAAAGAUCCUGUUAAAAGAAUAAUUAAUAAUAAAACUGAUGACAAGGACGAUCUGCCUCCAUGGAACGUUGCAUCAGAUAAAAAAGAACAGCUUGGGGAAAAUUCUGGCGUUUUCAUUAACAGUGUGAAUUUAAAGUACGUGAAAACUAAAUUCAAAGAGGAUUCUCCUGAAACAGCACGACGUUUAUUCAAGUACAUCAUUGGCGAAGAACUAUGAAAGACAAUGAGCAGAACCGGUGGAAACGGAUGGAAACCAUUACCUUUAGAUGUUUAUCAAUCGGUCUAUGAUUAUGUGAGGUCGCAUGCAAAACCAAAAUUGUCCUGUGAAAAAUUCGAACGGAUUGUAACUCAAAUGUUUACUUCACUCAGGCGGUUCAAUCAAGAUUCAAAUGCCGCAAACAAAAAUAAUCGUUCAAAGAAUUUAUCAACAAGCUCACCGUUUCGCCACUCUUCCGUGGUUCCAUCAUCGAAGCCAAUCAGUGCUUCCAAUGCUAUGGAAGCCAGAUGUAACUCUUCGCUUUUGUCUCCCAAUUACUCGUACCGAAAAUUACAUCAUGGUAAUACUUCACGUCCGAACAGCAAUUCAAGAAGUUCAUUAUAUGAUCAUCGUUCCACUGAUGAUCGUUCCUGCUCAAGAAGUCUUUCUCGACACCGUUCCCGCUCAAGAAAUCUUUCACGACACCGUUCCCGCUCAAGAAGUCUCGUACGUUACCGUCCACGCGAAAGAUCACGAAGCCGUUCCCAUUACUCUGUUCACCGUAGUGGUCAAAGCCAGAGUAAACAAUCUUACCGCCAUGAUAAAUAUUAUUAAUGCUCAAUUCAUAAUUUUACCUAUUUAUCUACUUUUUUUUCAUUUAAAACAAAUACGAUUUCUCUUCAAUAGUGUUCAUUAAUUUUAUUAUUCUCUAAAGUUCAUUUAUCUCUUUCCUGUUUUGACUUUAUAUAUUAAUCAACCCAAAU